UUCUUCUCUCUGUCACUCUCUUUGUCUCUCAUUCUCUUCUCUGUUUCUCUUUUCGCCUCUAUUUUCGGUAUGUGUGUUUCUUACUUAACCAUUCCCGUGUUGUGUGCGUUUUCUGUUGUUGUGGACUUUUUUUUUUUGGUGUGCCCAGAACGUUGUGUCAUAAUAAAAAAAUUUUUCGUUUUUAUUUUAAUUUCCAUUUUAUCGAGAAGGAAAAAGAAUCAAUUGGUUCCAUUUAAAAUCAGUUGAUUUUGCUGAUUCGAAAUUAUUUCGCGAUUGGAUGAUAGUCGAGUAUGAGUGUGUUAUUUCUUUCAAUGGGCAAUGCUUUUGUUAUAGUUUGUUUAGUGUUUUCAUGUUACCUCAUUCUUGAUUAAGCCUGAACGUACGGAAGCCAGUUUUUAUUCUCACUGUUUCCAGUCGUUGUUUUCUUUCAUUUGUUUUAUAAGUGACAGCGAGGAAAAAAAAAAGAAGUGAAAUUCGAUCAACGAGACACACGAAGUGAAAAGAAGUGAAAAAAACGAAACGAGACAUUUCAGCUUGUUACUAAGGUGAGUGAGAUUAAUUCUUACAUAGAAUUGAUUAUAGGAUUUGAUGUGUAAAUUUUUCUCUCCUUUUUUUUACGCCGUAUCAAUGUAUGAGUCCAUGUGCAGUGUGCACUGAAAUGGACGACAAAUUCGAUUUUCUUCUCUGCGAUAAGAAUCCUGUUUAGAAUUUACUCGUUUCGUAAUUGAAACUCUUAAUGGGUUUUGGUUUCUUUUCUGUCGCAAAUACAAUGUAUAUGAGAAUGUGAAUGGUGACGAUAGAUUCAUUGAAUCGAGUUAUUACUGUCAUUGAUAGUCGAGUCUCAAUGGGAUGUCUGUAUGUGAAUGGUGUGGUGAUUAUACAUGAUAAUAAAUGGAAUGCCAAAUAAAUUUUGUUGUUUCGGACUAUUGCAAAAUUCUUAUUUACAUUCCCAGUCUUCGUUUCAUCUUCUUCUUUCUCUUGUGUAUGAGCUUCGUUUUACACAUUUUGGCAUUUUCUCUCCUUCUUUGUUCCCACAAAUGCAUGCCAGCAGACAAAUAAUGAUAACAACAGUUUGUUUUUUUUUUCGUUCGGUUUCAUAUUCAUUUAUCGCCUCUAUCGAAAUCCGGUGUUCAAUUCAACAAGCCAAAAAAAAAUAAAACACAAACACAUUUCGCCUGAACAAACCAAACUUAUUUUCGUUUUCAUGAAAACCUGAUAAAAUCCAAGCUUUAAAUUUAGUGGAGAAAAAAAUUGGUCGCGAUUGCUCAUAAUUUAAACACAAAAAAGGAUGUUCGAAAACACAUACUAUCGUUCAUUGGCAUCGUUUUGUUGAUUGCAUUGAAAAGGGAUAAAAUGUCAUCGGAAAAAUGUUUCGCUAUCUUAUAUAAUACACAAAAAUAGCAUUGACAUUUGCGGUUUCAGCGUGUUUAUGUGCGUUUCGAUUCUUUUUUUUUUCGCAAUAAAUUUAAUUUCACCCAAUCAGAAUUUUGUUGUUGCGAGAGUCAACAAAGUCAGAAUUUUUGUACUUGUUGCCAUAUACUCUACGUCUACCACAUUUUUAUUGUUGUCGCGCUGUUGUCCCGACAAAUGAAAUGGAGUCGAUGAUCGAUUCAAAAACAUUCUUGUGCUUUUUUCGCCUUUUAAUUUGAUGCGCAAAGAAAAAAAAAAAAGGAACAAAUAUUUUUUUUCGGUUGGAGACGAAAACAGAAAACAAAUGGAGAACGUUGUAAAUGUGUAUUGCAAUACGUCGUGAGCGAACGCGCAUAUAUACACAAACACACACACGCUUGAACGGUGCCAACAUUUCACAUCGAAUCGAGUGAGUCGAAUAGUCGCGCGACUAGUGCACAAAAUAUAUUCGUAGGGUAGGUCCGAUUCUACAGCGAACUAAGCACACUGACGAUGACAUUCAAACCAUAUUGUAUUCUUGCACUCAAAUUAUAGUUCACACUAGUACAAGCGCAUGAAUCUCGUCGCUUCUAUUUCUAAUUUAAAAUUUAUUUAUUCUUCUUUAUUUUUCGUCUUUCGUCGCUAAAGAUUUUCCGCUUUAUGAGCGCACCGAGCGUGUGUGUGUGUGUGCUUUUGUAUGCGAACACAGCCAAUAACAAAACUUUUUACGAUUCACAGCAAGGGAACUAGCGAUUGUUUCUCUUCUAUUCUCGAUUUAUUGUUGUUGCUAUUUUGUUUUUCAUUCUGUUUGCUCCAUUGAAAAUAACAUGUGAUGACGAACAAAAGUUACCAUUUUCUGAAUUCGAUGAAUUCUCUCUUUUUUGUGUAUUCAGCCAGUAUCCAUCAUUCUCAUCAGAAAAACUAUGCUCGUCGUUGAAUUUAUACCGCAGAUUCUUGCGAAAAUGUUUGACGCGCGUACACAUAGGUUACAGUCUGUAAGCACAUAAAAGUGUAAUAUACGAUAAAAACGUAAAUUACUCCAUAAAAGCAACCAACAAUACUGACAAUAGAAUUAUACACACAAUGAUCGCGAUGCCAAUUCUUGUCUUCGUCAUUGCUUACGUAAUAUUCGCUUUUCAUUUUGGAUAUUCGCAAUUUUCUCACUGCUUUGGUCUUGGUUCGUGUUGUUUUCGGGUAAAAUUACAAUGAAAAUGACAAACACUAUUUCUUUUUUCUUUGGUGACACAGAGUCUGUUAGAGAGAAUCUGUGUCUUUGAGUGCGAUAUUAGUCGCAUGCAGGCCACAAAUUAGGCUAGCAACAAUGUUUGGUCUGUGAUGUGUUUGUAUGCAAACAUGAUGCCAAAUCUGCUGAUAUUUCAACUUUUUUUUACAUCGCAUACACCAUCGUCAGCCAAUGAGAUUCAUAAAUAUUGACUAAAAAUCCAAUGAAAUAACCGCAAAAAUUGAUAAUGCCCAUGAGAUUUAUCGCCAAAGUCAUCAGACACUGGAACUAUUUCAAUCAAUUACUGACUAGCCGACAUUUUAUGCAACAACCACAACGGCAGUCACCAAAUGUGAACAAAAGAAAGCGCAUAAAUUUGCAAUUGAAGUUUAUAGAGUUCUUUUCUAUACAUAUUUGUGUAUGUCUCCGUUGAUUUUACGAUAUUCAAAUCCAAACGAAACAGACGACACAAAUAAUGGCUGCAAAUGUAUCACUGCAAAUGUACCUGCUUCGGAACGGUUCCAGCGAAUUAUUUUUCAUGACAUAGAAUGAGUUUUCACGAGUGAUAAUUGAACGAAACGAAACAAGAAUCGAACACGAGAAUACAUCGAUUGCAUGCGGAUGGCCGUUCAAUACAUCAAUAAUUGAUUCUUCGGUAUGCAUACGAAUGUGUAUUUAUUAUUUAUUAAAGAAGAGAAAAAAAAUGACGCAAUAAAACAAAUGGAAGCCAAAUGCGCUCAAUUUAAAAUGAGAAUUCAAGGUCAUGCAUCGGUUGUGCAUUUGGAUUUUCUUUCGUAAUUUAUUAUUAGAACAACACACCCAUACACAGAUUCAUAUGUACAGAUUUCGUUUUGAUGAAUCGCUCGGCUAUAUAUCCGAACGAAGCGAAAUGAUUGUGAUACGUCAACAACGCAGCAGACUGAGGAAGGCAAUAAAAAACUUGGUUUUGCCCACUGUUUUCAGGAGGAGAAUAACAAACAAAAAAUUGGAGAUUUAUCAAAUGAAAUGUAAUGGAUAAACGCCAUACAUUGUGGUCACGUUUUUAACGAUAAUUUGAUUUAAAUUUGGCAAAAAACACUGAAUUUGGCUAGUCAAAAACUAUCGCAAAUCGAUGUGUUCUACCCAAAAAAAAAAAAUGCGCCAUUAUCUUCAUGCGAGUCGAAAAAGGAUCCAUUGUCUGGCCACCCGAAGUGAAAUACAAACAAAAAAAAACACACGACAAUCAUCAUCGCGCUACUCGAAAUAAAUAAAUUGAUACUGAUGAGAACAAAAGAGCACAAAGCAACAAUAACAACAACGCGAAAGAAAGGAAAAAAAACAGAUACUGAAUGCAAAAUAAAAAAAAUAAAGCACAGAGUUGAAGAAACAAGAUAUGAGGAUAAAAAAAAAUCCAAAUGCAGUCAAUCGAAUAACAAUGACUGAUUAUUGUUUUUCACGGUCAGACCAUGACAAUAACACGAAUGUUCUUCCAUUUUUUUUCGGUUACAAAAGUAUUAAUUGUAUGCUGUCUCUAUUUGGCGGUUUGUGUGCACUCCGUGCAAUUUCCACCAGUUUCGGAUUUGCGUUACGUUUUUUUUUUUCUUUCGUUCGUUCGUCGGCUGUUGCCGUGCUCGAAUUUAGUUCUUUUUUUUUUUCGUUCAUUGUCUGCGUGCCUUUGAAUUGCCAGAAAUUCACUUCAACCAAAAUUCGUUGUUGGUGUGUUGCUGUUUUUUUUUUCCUCUUUUGGGUGUUUGGUUAUGUAAAUACAUAAAAGCCAACAUUAAAUGAUAGAUAUAGCUGAAGCAAAGCACGACAAAGAAGUCACCAUCGCUCAGACUGAACACCACACAAAUGGUUGAAUAGAAGCCAAAAACCAUGCAAUGUGUGUAUGUUUAUGUGUGUGUGUGUGUGUGCUUGAGUUGUGCGCAUACAAUGUAUAGUUUUUCCUUCUUCUUCUUCUUCCCGUGUCUGGCUUCGUUUUUUGGGGAGCUACUUUUUUUCCGUCAUUCCAUUUCGCCCGCUUUAUUUAUUGCGUCUGCACUAUUGUGCAUAUAUAUAUUUUGGGAUUUGUGUAUUGUUCGCUGAUUGCUAAGCCAAACGAGCCAUUGGGCCUCUACCCAUCAGCCACUGUUUCGCCUACAAUAUUUCAUAUUUCAAAAUGCAAAAUGGAUUUACAUUUUGGACUGACAACGCUGGUUAAUAGCUACAAUCGCAUUUUAGAAUCCACAAAUGACCGCAUGUUUAUUGCAUAUUCACAAACAUAAGCCUCUCGGACGCAAAGAACGUUUUGCACUUCGCAAACUUCUCUUCUUUUCUCUAUCCAGCUGGUACUGCACACAUAAAUUAUAAUGAAAAGUGAAUAUAAAACAUGAUAGUCAUGUUUGCACAGCUUGAUAAAAAUCACAAUCACCACAGGAGAAAAUGGCGAAUAUUUCGAAUGACUAAACACACUAAAUUGAUAUUCCAAAAAUGAAAUAAAAAAACAGAGAGAGAAAUGGUAAAAAAAAACGCAAUAAUCAAAAGAAAAGCUCAUAAUGUUUUCUUCGGAAUGGAAUAAAUGAGCUUAUAUCGAGAUGUUCAAAAUCCGCCAAAACUGCCAAAUGCAGCCGAAGUACACAAUGUGGGUGAUUAUUCGCCGCCCUUCACCCAUGUAUUCGCCAGACGAAUUUGAUGAAUUUUUCAAAGUGGCUUCAACUACGAAAUUAAUGCGCUUGAAUGUUUUAACAAAUGCGUUGCGCAGCAAACCAACACACACACACACAUACACACGUUCACAACCGAAUUCGCAUUAUUUUCAGCUUUCCUUUGCCUAAAAUUCUCCAUCCAUUUUGCAUAGUUUCACUACCCAUCUAGACUUUGUUCCCCAUUCUACGGUUUCUUUUUCUCUCUCUCUCUCGUUAUUUUAGUUUGUUCUUUUUUUUAUAUGUUGCCACUUUUCGCGUUCGCUUAAUGUAUAUGUGUUUUUUUUUCAUUUUAUAUGUCUGGUUUGUUGAAGUCUCUUUCGUCUAUUAUAUGAACCUGUACACUUUAUGGCAUACGUUCUAAGCAUUAUUACCAAAAAAGUGAAGAAUACACACGAAACGCCAAAAUUCAUGUUCAACAGCAACAACAACCACGAUUAACCAUAUGGCUAUGCAUUUUAUAAUAUAGAGAAAUGUCGCACGUCGAGCAGGCAAAUUUAAUUUUCUAAUACACACGACAAUACAGAAAGAGCAAGCGAGAGACAGACACAGAGAAAAAAAAAACAUGUAGCAGUCCAAAAGACACAGUCAAUGUGCAUUUGUUUUGACGCCACAACGAAUUCAACAGAGAGAAUAUUUUCGGUUAAAUUAUGAGUGUGGCGUGCGUGUAUUUGUUUGUGUGUGCAUAAAAAGUUUUGAUGGGAGCAGCUCACCUCUACUAAAUAUUUUAUACAUCCAAUAAAAAUUAGUGGAAUUCGUUUUGAUAUUUGAUUCUCUCUCUCUCUCUGUGUGUGUGUGUAUGACAAACGUUGAAGAGAACAACGCUUCAAAUAAUCCCCGAAAACAUGAAGUAAACUACAAUUGAGGUUUUAAUCGAUAAUACAAAAUGGCACAAGAGGGCCGGAUUUAUUUCUAUAAUUUCGUCUUAAUCUAACGAUGUUAGACUAACAUUACACAUACCCACUGAUAUGAAUUGAAACAUGGUUUAAUUUUGCCGACACACUUUUCAUUUUGGAAUAAAAUACAUUUUCGAAAGGAAAAAAAAAAUUGCUGGCGAUAAAAAUGGCGUAGAGUGUGAUGAUGCACUUGUUUGGAACGACAAAGAUCAAAGGUGAUUGGAAGUCACACAAUUUAUUAUUUUUUUUAUUAGUCCAGAGUGUUAAACAUGUUUAAAGUACAAUAUCGUUAAAUGACUCCAUAAAAUGUAUGCAGUCGCUUCAUUUAUUUGUUUAUUUCAACCAUGACAAUGACAAUACCUGUUGAAACGGUUGUUGGUUGCCUUCAAAUAUCGAUUCGAGAAUGUUCACAACAUUUUAAAGAAAAUAUAUACGGCAGUUUGUUCAUGCAAUUUGAACAUAAUAUACCACAUGGUCUAUUCGAAUAUUCAUGCUAUCAAACUCAAAAGCAAUUUGAAAAAAAUUGCAUCUGGUUGAUGAUGAUAUUUUACUAUCGCACAUCAAUGAAUGUGCGGCACCUUCAAAAAAUCAUUUAUCAACAUUUUCUUCGCAAAUGAAAUUCACAACGUUUUAUUUUGUUAAAAUUCAAGUUGACAAGGUCGCGUAUUUGCCACGAUCUAUUGGAUUUGUAGAUAAAAGAGAAACUCUUCAGUAUGAACUGGAAUCAAUUACGCUUAUCAAUAUAGCAACGCAUGCGAACGGUGUAUUUAUAUGGGAUACUCUGUUGUAGAGUGUCAACUGAACGAAAUUAUUCCGCAUUCAUCAAACACGUGCUAUUGUCACAAAACGUUGUAUACAUUCACACAACAUGCCUAAUUUCUUUGCCUAGAUUAUGAUAUCACUUUGCGGCACCGCUCAACGCUUGAAGCGAACAUCAACUAAUUUAAUGUGAGUCAAAGUUCGUUGAUAAAGAUUUCACUGACUGAAUUCUAAUGUGUAAAUCCAUCUAUGAAUAGAUGAUGCACGGCAGCUCGUUCCAUUUGUGAGAUGAAUCGAGAUAUGCUUUGAAUUUUGUGUGUGAUAAGCAAUAAAUCUGUUGUGUCAAUACUUAUUCUAUCAAUAAUUCAAUUGAUUGAAAGUGUUAUUUUUCCCUUGAUAAUUAAUCAAUGAAAUGAUACAAAAGACAUUUCUCACCUGGAAUUUAAAUGCUUAGUCAGGUGUUGUGGGAAAAAGUAUAUUAUUUUGAUUAAAAGUAGGUUAAUAAGCCAAAUUGACUAUCAAAAAUAGUUUGUUUAUUGACUAUAGCGACUAAGAUUGUCUUUCCCAGCGAUAAAAAUAACAAUUUUGUUUAUGGGAAUCGAUAUUCUUAACCAAAUUUGUAUGAAUUGAGGAUUAAAUACUUUGGAACUCAAUUUUCCAAAAAGGAAAUAGUUUACGCUAUCGUAUUUGAAUGUGUUAAGAGUUCAUUAAAGUUAUUGGUAUUUAAGUUGAAACUCCAUGUUUUUGAUAAAUAAAAGAAACGCUUAUUUUAAUCCGAUUUGUAAACUAAAUGUUCCCACUUUGCUCAUACCAUAAGUUAUUCCACAUAUCAUUGAAACUUCAUCACAUCAUUUGUUCUGGAUGUGUGAAAAAGGUUAAUCAAAAGCCGUGUACAAAAUUGAUUGAAUGAAAGCGACUAAUCUAAUGUGUAUAUGCGCUGAAGAUAGAGUGAAAUCAAUUAUUUUUUUUAUUAUAAUAAUUGGUAUAGACCUUUGCUUCGAUCCGAUACCAUUAUUUGGUCAAAGAGUCAAACAUGCGGCCGUUUCAUAGAAAUUAAUACGAAGCAUGGGGAGAAAGCGACUAAUUCUUUAAGCGAAUUACGCACGGAUGCGAGGAUCUACUCGAUCUUGGGCCAAAGUCUUAUCGCAGUGGCAUUGAAACUGUUUCGAUGUGAAAAUAAGAAAUUUGGGACUUUGUAACGAGCAUUAGAAAUGAUAAGCUGAGAUUGGUAAACAGAAUAUUGAAAAAGAAAUUUUGACACGUGCCAUUUCUUUGGAUUAAAGCAUAUAAUCAAUAUUACUUUGAGCAUAAUAAGAACUUUUUUUUGCAUUUGCUUAUCAAAAAUCUGCCUGGAAUCAAGGCUGAAAUGUGAUGCUCAUUUGAAUUUCAAUUGCGUGUUUGGCUUAAUUGACCAAUCGCCGGCGAGUGGCAAUUCGUUGAGUUUAAGAAAAACGUGGCAUUUGCAUAUGAAUUACGCUAAAUGACGGUUUGUUCUCAGCGCAUUGCGAUUGUUGAUUACUCACGCAGACACUCUAUGUUUUACGAAGAUUAUUUUUUUGCCAUCUUUUUUGGUCAUAAACCUCGAUAAAAAUGACGAAGAGCCGCCAAAAAAUGUCUGAACGCAGCAGACAAUGCAAGCUCAUUUUUUGGUUGUCAAACACUAAUUAAUCAAAAAGCCGAGACUAAGAAUGGGAAUGAAGUGAAGAAUGAAGCUAAAUGUGUGAGAGAGAGAGAAAUAAAAGGAGAAAAAGAAACCAAACUCACAAAUCCAUUGUUGACGUACAUAAUUCUUAAGUGCGAGCAAAGUGUAUUCGAGAAGAGUGCGCGCGUAUUGGCUGUCUCUCAUACCCGCCUUGCGUUGGAACACAUUUAGCACUUAAUGCAAAAAACGAGUAGUGUGCUUUAAUGAUUACAUUACGCCUACGAAUUUUACCCGAAACUCAUUUAUUAAUAUUUUAUUUUGGCAAGAGUGGCCGAGCCAAGGCGAGGCAAGCAGCCAAUACGAUAUAAUCGAUAAAUACGUGACAAUCGGAUUCACUUGGCACGAGAAAUGAUUGUUACCGUCGAUCGGUCUCAGCAGACGCUUUCAAUAGCCAUUAUAAAUGGGUGCAUUCGCCGAAAAAUCAACAAAAGCAAAUGUGAAGAGAGCGAAGAAAAAAGAGCGAAGUGAGAUUCAACACACAAUGCGUCGUGUAUGACUGGGCGAAUUGUUCUUAGUGCUUUUUGUUCCUAGCUCCCCGACGCUAUUGAAAUCAUACGGGAAUGUCAUGUACCAAGUACGUUCACAGCAAUUUGCUGUUUUCUUUCCUUUCAAAUGGAAACAAAUAACAAAACAAAAAUAAGUGUGUAAAAUUGAUGCUCAUUUUAAGCCUUUUUUCGCUGCCCUGAAAAUUACAAGAAAAAAAUUCAAUUGAAUAAAAAAUGAAUAUGAAAUAAGGGAAUCAUUGAAAAUUUGGCCCCAUAUGAGAAAGAAAUACGUUUAUUUAUUUAGAACUCCAAUAAGAAAGGCAUUCCAAAGAGAAAAAAUCUAGCGUCAGCAUAGCGAAAAAUAAAGACAACCAAAAAUGUUCGGCAAUAGGAUGCUAAAACGAAUGAGAAACAGUGCAGAAAAAGUAGCAACAACAAGUAAGAAGAGGAAGAAAAAACCCAAGCCGUACGAUGCGAAAGGGAAAAGCAAAUUCGUCACGACGGAAAAAAAAAUUGACAGUGAACACAUGCUCAUGACGUGCAAAAAAAGCGAUCUGCCGAAAAAUUUCAAGGUCUCGACUUCUUUCUUCCACAAAUCACAGCAUACAUAAAGGCGAGAAAGAGAAAAAAAUAGACUUGAACAUUGUACAUCGAUCAAAUUAACAUGUACUUUUUGUCAGGGGGCCCCAUCGCUCAAAAUGACUAAGUUGUUUGAGGCACGAAAACACAAACAACAACUUAUCGACACACACGAUGCUCGAUGUAAAUAAUCAACAACGAAACAGAGAAAAAAAAACAAUAAUAAUCACAAUAAUCAUGAAAGCAACCGAAUUUUCGGCAAUUAAGUGAUGUGGGCUCCAAGUGAACAGCCUGUUGUCUUCUUCGGCGUGUGUUUGUGUGCACAUGGUUGUCUGUCAAGGCAUUGUUUAAUCAUCUCGACCAACGAGAAUAGAAUUGCAAAGAUUACCUAAUGGUCUAAGUGCGUGCGCUUGAGUUCCGUGUGUUCCGAUCCACCUUUUGUCAAGUCGAACCGAACCCAACGCUAACCAAAACCAAACAGUGGCCAGUUAACCGCUUCACUUUUGCUCUCUUCGUUUGUCCAAAAUCGUCCAGCGCACAUCUGUAAUUAUCGGCAUCGAAUACGUCGUAAUAACAACGACGUCUAUGCAAUUUUCUAGCAUGAUAUUCAUUCGGAAUAAUAUUAAAUUUAUGAGCACACGUGCAACCACUUCUUUUUUUUUUUGAAAUAUGAACCAAAGAAUCAUGCCUCGUUAUACUCACAUACAACAAGUGCAUGUAUUGGUUUCAAUUAUAAACCGAAAGCAAUAGAUAUUUGUUUCAAUCACUUAGGAUUUUCCUUCAUCGCCGCUGAGAUAGUACGCUGCCGCGUACACAAGCGCUUUUUUGAUUAUUACAAUGAAAAAACCUGAUCUUUUUCUAUUCUAAUCCAAUAUCCCGAAUUUCGAUCGUCAAAAACUACACACGCAAGUGACAGUCGAUUGGCGCGGUAAAUGAGAUUAGCCAUUUGAUGGUAUUGCAAUGUGAAUUAACACUCAUAAGUCGAUUAGUUCACUAGUGUGUGUAAAAUAGCCUUCAGCGUGCACAGUGUAUACACAUGUACACUUAGAAACAACAAUGAUUCAGUUGUACUGGCCAAAUUUUGCAAGUUGUGCUAAAAUAGGCUGUUAUCGUUUCGAUCAGAGCACACGUCUAUUCGCGUUUCUCAUUUGCACAUUUUUAAAUAUAGAACAUCGAUAGAGAAAGAAAAAAAGUCAUUCAAAUUAGAUCGAUGCGAUAUUAAGAGUGAGAUAAUAUGUGCCUCUAACCACUCGCAUUCAGAGCACAGAUAAAUACACUGCUAGACAUAUAAUUAAGAAAUCAAAAUGCGUUCUCAUGGCGCACAAUUUUCUCAAUGGUUCGAGUGCCUUGAUUGAACGAUGCAUUAAUGAUUAAGCCGUAAUUGAGUCGUAAUUGAUUCACUUAAAUCCCUGACGAAAAACAACGCACGUAAACACCAAUUGAAGCACAUAUACAAGACUAUUAAAAGUUUUAUGUACUCAGACGGAUUGAGAUUGAAAUUGCUUGAUUCCAUCAAUUUUGGCAUGUAAUACGCAAAAGAGAUGUUGAAUAGCCCCACCAAACCGAGCGGCCAAUUCAAUACGAUUCGAUAUGAUAUGAAAUGACUCGGAAUUGUUUUGCAUUUGUCAUAUGUGUGUACACAUUGCUUGUGAUUGGAGGUUCAAACUCAUAUUCAUUUUUUUACGCCGAAUGGACGGUAGAGAUGUUCCAGCGUAACAGAUACCAAAAUUAAAUAUACUCUACCCAGCUAUUAGUACUUAAUACUUUUGUUUACGCUGCGAACGCUGACAAAAACAAAUGUACACAUACUGAUCUGUAAUAAUAGAUUGAUUUGAUAGUGAUUCAAUGAUUCAACCACAAAUCGUACGGCCACUGUAAUAUACACUAGCUGUGCGGCAACAACGACUCAGAGAGACACAAGAAUAGGAAAUUAAUAUCUGAAUCUAAUUGGCAAAAAUAGCCAGAGACAGAGAGAGAGCUGCACUAACCAUAAAAUCAUUGUGCGAUCAUAAUACACUCGCUAUAUAUGUUUAUAUAUGAAAUGAGGGCCCAGGAAAUAAUUUAUAUUAGCAUCAUGAGAACAGCUGACAGAUAAGCAGUCGCGAUAAACAUUAUUUGGUUGAAAGGGUUUUGAUGGCGGCUAUUUAUUCGGAAAUACGUAAACUCACAUCAUAUUCACACAUUUUUCGAAUGGAAACAUGAUCAUUUGAUAUUUGCAAUGUAUCGAAUUUACCAAUCGCUUAUCUGUCUCUCUCCAUCCACAUUCUAAUGAUAUCAUAAUAAUAUCAAGACCAAGAGAAAGAGAAAGGGACAAAUAGCAGAAAUGAGAGAAAAUAUACUGCACAAAAAGCGAAACACAUGAAUUAGUCGAGCGAAUUUUCUGUUCUAUAUUCGCCACAUAACAAUUAAUUAGUGUUUAUACGUAUAUAUAUUUAUAUGGAAGCCUAGUGACUCUAUUUACAUAUAAGUCGAUUCUUUUCUCUGUUGCUGCUUUCUAUCUCUCUUUCUCUCUCUUUCUCUCUCUCUCUCUCUCUCUCUCUCUCUUUCUCUCUCUCUUUCUCUCUCUCUUUCUCUUUCUCUCUCCAUCGCUCGCUCAGUGUUUUUUUACUGUCGUCUCGGCGGUGUAUAUAACCGAAACCAUUUGAGCGGUAUGUAAAACGACGCUUUUUAGUUAUUGAUGCUUACAUUCAAUCCAAUUCGAUUGGCUAUAUACUAUGCUGUGUAACGCUAUUUGUUAACGAUGCAGCAAAGAAUCGCUGCUGUCACUCGUCUACCACAACUAAAAAUCUAUACACACAACGCCAUCGAAUGCCGUGUGUAGAGUGUAAAAAUCACAGACACACAGUCGCAAACGAAUGUAAGCGAAGAAUAUUUAAUACGAAUACAUGCACACAUUUGGCCAUAAAAAUUCGCCAAAGAAAAAAUACAGCAAGAACAACAACAACAACGAUAACCGACGAAUUGAAUGAGCGAGAAAAAAAUCUCCGGCAUACAUCUACACGAGCAAAGCAAUCGAGUACAUAUCACGAUAGAACGGCAACUAUACAUCGGCAUUCACGUUCAGUUUCACUACAUAUCGUGUACGCCAUCAACAUAUGUACGACAGCAAAUCGGUGUAUAUACACUUUUGCAUUCGUACAUAUCGCUGGUGUGCAAAAAAAUAUAAGCCAACCAAAAAGGCACGACAGAAAAAAAAAGAAUGAAAACACACAUACACAACCACCACCACCACAACGACAACAACGAAAUGGAAUAGAAAACAGAGUGAAAAAACAACAUCAACAAUCAAGAAUGAAAUAAAAUUUGGAUUUUGUGCAAAAGUAAAUAGAAUUUAAGUUUCAGUACGAGCCAUCGUGUCGCACAGUAAACAGCUAAAACGCUGAUACACAGAGAGAUAGAUAGAGAUAGGACACGCGAGCAUAACAAAAUUCACAAUCUGCGAAUCGUUGUCGUUAUAUUCGGUGUGUGUUGUGUGUUUGCGAACGAGAAAGAGAGUCCAGUAUAUUGUUGAAUUGGCGAUGUAAGCGAGCAGAUAAUCAACACAAAAGUCCCAGAACUAAAAAAAAAAACCCGAAAUCCCAAGCGCAACAAUUUUUCCAAAGCUCCUGCAUCUUCUUUCGCGUUAAAUAUCAUUUCAAGCGAAAGAACACAAAUCCAGCUCGCAUUGACUAGACGUGUGCAAAUUUUUCAGUCAAACCUCCGAUUAAAUUAAUUUUUUUUCGCACAAAAUAGCAACAUUCUAGUUGUUGACUUCACUGUUGAGAAUUUGCUUUUUUCGGAGAAAAACGUUGCUAUUUAUUUCUUGAUCCAGUGUGUUUUAUCAGAUGAAAUGCUAAACUAAAAUAUUCUGACAUUUUUUUGUUGUUUUUAAAUGCCUUAUCAAUUACCAAACAGACUUGAACACCCAAAGUGCCUGCUUUUAGUGCGUGAUCCGUGAAUAUUUCGACCAGUUUUUUUUUUUUCGUUAAUUUGACCAAAUUGUCUAUAAGCGAAAUUUGUGAUUACAUUUUAUACAACAUUCUUUCGAGAAUUGUUCGAACGUUCCGUGUUCUGAAUUUCGUUUAAAAAAAAAAUAAAAACUUUGUGACUGUUACAAUAAAAAGAAAAGAAAAAGAGAGCCACCGCCGAUGAACUAUAAACUUUAUUAUAACCAGUGUGCCUAAAUUAUCAUUUUUAGACAUUCAAAAAUCACUGAAUUGCUCCAGGAAGAGAGCGACUUCGAUCAAUUUUAUACAUCUAUUUAACCAACUAUCAAACGAUCAAAACCCUCAACUAGACAUUCUUCUUGGUGAUAGACGAUCGCAGUAAUAAAAAAAAGAGAGAAAAAGUACAAUCAACGAAUACCUAGAGACAGAAGAGAGAGAGAGAAAGAGAGAGAGAAAACAGAAAGAGAAAAAAAACCCAAGUAAUAAAUUUAUAUUUAGUUACAAUUAACUAGUGCAGAAUUUAUACGAUUUUAAUCAAUUUUAAUGAAAAUAAAUGGACACAAGUACUCGUUCACGUUGAUCGGCAUCAAUAAAUUGUUCGCAUUCAAUGUGAAUAUGUUGGUAUAGCUACGGAACGGAAUUUUUUUUUUCUUCUGUUUCGUUGUUGUUUUUUUUUCUUUCGAAACAAAUAAGCGACCAUAAGACGGCAUAGACGCGCUUCGAUACAUAGAACAAAACUCUAGUGAUUUUUUUGCGAGCAAAAAGAAAGCAAAAUAAAAGUCACUACUUUGCAUACUCUACUUAUACACAUCGAUUGGACAACAGAAAAAAAAAAUCGGUGGCAUCGUUGACGCGAAUAAAUUAUACAUUCGGUAGCUAAAUCGAUCGAAAACGCAAUAAAAACGGCAUUUCAAUUCUUUUUCGAAAAUCGAUCACAACCAUGGAUGUUUGGAUGCAAGAUGUGAUUCCAAUGAUGGCAGAGACUCCGACACAUGCUCACAUAAAGCAAGAAAUCGAUACUACAUGCUGUAGUCCGUCGCCAUCAAACGGCAAUUUCACUGCACAAGGUUUCAUAUUCAAUAAUUCAACUUCAGCAAAUACGAUCGAGAUGGAUUUCAAAUGUACACCCAUCAAUAACAAUACGAAUAAGAAUUCGCCAGCAUCACCGGAACGCCAGUUCUGUAGUUCGACCACACCGUUGGGCGACGAAAAGUUCCCGGUGUGUCCGGAUCAAAAUGAUUCCAACAAAGAAGACGUACCGCGUCGUCUUUGUCUCGUGUGUGGUGAUGUGGCUUCCGGUUUUCACUAUGGAGUCGCCAGUUGUGAGGCGUGCAAAGCAUUUUUCAAGCGAACAAUCCAGGGAAACAUAGAAUAUACGUGCCCAGCUAGCCAGGAGUGUGAGAUAAAUAAGCGUCGUCGCAAGGCAUGUCAGGCGUGUCGGUUCCAAAAGUGCUUAUUGAUGGGCAUGUUGAAAGAAGGUGUUCGUUUGGAUCGUGUUCGUGGCGGUAGGCAAAAGUAUCGUCGCAAUCCGAACGCAAAUCCAUAUCAAAUGCAGAUUUUUCCAUCGAACAGCAGCAUGCCACCAAAUUCAUUGGAAGAUAUCAAAAUUUUGGAGGUCCUUACAAUUUGCGAGCCCGAACUGUUGACUGUCGUUCAUCCAAGCAUUGAGCUCAUGUAUAACAAGAACUUAUCGCGGGAUAACAUCAGUACCGGCAGCAACAGUAGCGAUUGCGGCAGUUCCAAUGAGAAAGAUACCGACGACAAAAGUGAUAUAUUUAUGGACAUGGAGCAUCGCAUCGAAACUGACGUUCAGGAUAUGCUCAGUGUUUUAAGUGAUAUUUACGAUAGAGAAUUAGUUAGUGUGAUCGGCUGGGCCAAACAAAUUCCAGGAUUCGUUGAACUUCCACUAAACGAUCAAAUGAAACUGCUACAGAUGACAUGGGCUGAGCUGCUAACACUUCAAUUGGCCUAUCGUUCGAUACCAUUUUCCGGAAAAUUGGUAUUCGCCAAGGAUUUUUGGCUCGAUGAACGAACAGCUAAAGCAUGCGGUGCCAUCGAAUUGUUCACUCAUUGCGGUCAAAUUGCCCAGCAAUUGGAACGUUUGUCGCCGAGGAAAGAAGAGUAUUUCCUGCUAAAGGCACUGGUUCUAUCGAAUUGUGAAAAAAUGCUAGAUAAUCCGACGGCACUGAUCAAAUUUCGUGAUUCCAUUUUGAAUUCAUUCAAUGAAUGUGUCUAUUUGCUGAGGCAAAACGGAGCCGUGUCUCAACAACAGCAUUUAAUGCUUAUAAUGCCGUCGAUUCGACAAGCCGAGCACAUUGUGCGAAAAUUCUGGAUCGAUGUGUAUCGCAGCGGAAACAUCAACAUGAAGAAGUUGUUCGUUGAAAUGCUCGAAUCCGUAUCCAAAUAGCAUCGAAACAGUAAUCGUCUAAACCAACUAAUUUAUAAAAAUGCUAUCUAAGCGAAAUCAUGCGACGGUUUUGAUAUACAUCCAAAAUCAUAUUGACACACGCAACACAACACACAUACACACAUAAAAAACUAAAAAAAAAAUGGAACGCAGAAUGCACAACCUGAGUACAAGUAGAUAAAUAGAUGUACGAGUUUGCAAACCGCCCAGAAUAUUCAUUCAGAUUUGUAGCAAUUUUAACCGAACCUAUUAACAAUACCAGCAAUUGUCAAUGCAAUCAAUUUUAACCAGUUUACCAUGAUCCAUGCCAAUAGACCGACCGAGUGACAGAAGAAAAGGAACGCGUAAUCAAAUUACGUUGCGUUUUUUUGUGUAACAAAGAAAUAGAACGGGAGAGAAAAAAUAAUGAAGAAAACCAACACGGGUUUAACAAUCAAAGAAAUGCAACACCGCAUCAAACUAAUCAAUCUUUUAUGAAUCGAAUACAAGUGAAAAAUCAGGAGAAACGCACGAGAGAAAGAAAAGAGAGGAAAAAUCAUUAAACCUUCAAUUACAUUUUAUUACUUAUAUAUGUAUUUAUAAUAUGAUAUUAUAUUCCUAAGCAAUCAUCGGUUCCUACAUCCAAACGUUUUAUCUUUUUUCUCUUUUUUUUUGUAAAUCAUUGUACUUUAUUAUUAUUUUUACCCAUUUCGUGUUUUCUUCAGAAUGAAAACGAUUUGAAACGAAAAGAGAGAAAAAAAUUGCGAUUUAAAAAAAAAAAAAACAAUAAUUUUAUUUUCGAAACUAUUCGAACGGAACCAGUGAAAAAUGGGAAAUAUUUUAACAAAUUAAAAUUUGGCGCUCCAACCGAAAAAUUUUUACCGAAUAAAAAACGUAUGGUUUUAUUUACAUAUCAGGCAAUAAAUGGCAAAGAAAAGUUUCUAAAACUGAAAAAUAAAUGAUAAAAAUGAAAUCAGCUUGACACCAUCGUAGCCGCAUUCAAAAUUUGAUCUCAACGAAAUGAAAGAUAAAUUGCUGUCGCAAUUUUGUAUACGCAUUGAAUUUGAGUGGGAAUCGUCUUGUUUAUUUCAAAAUGAAAUGGAAAAGAUUCAAUUCAAAUUAUUUUCAAAAGAAAAAACAAAAACAACUUUAUUUGUAUCGUCAACCAUUUUAAACGAAUAUCUUUGCAAAAGAUUUGUUGUAUAUUAUAUUUUUCAUGGAACGAUCAAGCAAUUUUUAUACUUGUGCUAACAAGAGAAAGGAAAAUCUAUCGAAUAGAUAUGAAUAUACUAUUUGGAAUUUAAUGAGAUUCAUUAAGACAAGCUUUGAAUGUAGAAGAAGCUCAAACGAUUUGAUAUUGAAAUGAGUAGGUCAAAGUAAGACGGAUAAAACUAAAGAUUGAUGUUGUUAGAUUUGCUUAAAAGGAUGUUGAGAUUAUUAUUUUUUUAUGCGGCAACACACAGAGAGAAAAUAUUUUAUUGAAGAUUGUAUGAGUGUUUAGCUAGCAAUUGUUAGGCAUGCAAAGAGUAUUUUGAGAAAGUUAAUGUUAGAAAAUGCAUCAGAGAGUAUAUAUUGAAAAUGAAAACAAAUCUCCACAAAGAAAUAUUUUUUAUGUUUAAAAAUGGUCUAAAAAAAAGUGCAAGUUGCAAAAUGAAAUCCUCAAUUACCAAUCAUGUAAACAAAAGGAAAUUGCCAAAAAAAUUACGCGAUGUUGCCGAUCCCCACAAAUAUCGCCAAAACAAAUCCAUUUUAAACACCGGAAAUAACACGCACCAACGAUUCUAUCAACUAACAAUUAACAUUCUUAUCUACAAAACUAUUUUACGAAGAUAAUAGAAAAAUGAAAAUAGCAAAGACAAAAAAAGAAGAGAAUAACACACCGUAGAACACUUUCGUUUUUAAACGCCGAAUAUUAACGUUGAAUAUUGUUACAGAAAUCUUCACUGUUGAAAUUUAGUUGUAAUAUGAACAAUACAAUAUGAAUGCAAACACAAAGAGCAAAAUAAUAUUUAACAAAGUAACCAUAGUAACCUCAUUAAACAGAUAGUACAAGAAAGAUGAAGAAAGGAAGAAAAGAGAUGAGCAAAAAAUAAAAUAAAAACAUGAUAGAAAAUACCAUUAUAUUUCUAUUGUAAAUAGCAAAGCGAAAGAGUUCACAAUUUAAAUCAAAACGAUGAAUCGAAAACCGAUAAAACAAUAACAACAAAAUCCACCAAUUAAAAUAGAGGAGUAUUUUUGAAAUAGAGCCAGAAAUGCAUAAAAUAGUAAACCUGUUCGAUUUAGAUGGUACAAAUAUAGCAGCAAUGCGACGUUUGAGAUAGAAAUACGACAAGUUAAAUAGCAAUAGUGAUGAAAUUACAAAACUCUUUUCCAAAUUUUAAAUAAAACAUUUUCGAUAAUUUUUCAUUUGAAUUCGUUUAAAACUUUUGGGUGUUCAAUGUUCAAAAUUUUAUACGUGAACCGAAAUCGAUAAAUAUAAAUUUCAGCAGCUAAUAAUUGUAAAAAUAAAAUCUAAAUUUUCUCGAAAAAUCAUAAUACAUUUUUAAAUCCGUUUACAUUCGAAAAUAAAGACAACCAAAUGUCAUUGAAUCGCACCAGACAAUUUCGAAUUAUAGAGAGUUUUAAAACCAGUUUUAAUUCUAAACAAAAAAUGAAAGCAAAUAAUUUAAAUGGGUGAACACAGAUUUUUAUUAUUCUAAAUGUUGUCACUUAUCUGUAGAGAUUUUAGCUCAACUUACCGAAACUAACCAGCCGGGAGAGAAUGAAAAAAAAUAUAUAGAUUCAAUGCUUUUGUUGCAAACGCCAUUUAAUUUUGAUUCCAACAUGGAAUUUCCAUGCAUUUUUUUCCCUGUCAGCGUACAAUUUUCUUGAAGAACACAGAAUCUGUUUAGUGAUUUUUAGACAUUUUGGAUUUUCAUGCAAUGAUCCAUAAGCAAAAAAAAAAAAUUAGUUACAUAGAGUGCGCUCUAGGGCAGAGAGUUCACCGCCCAACCAAUCAAUAAUUAUAAUUAUUAUCCACAAAAAUGGAAACCAUUGAGUCAGCUUUGAGUGUUUUAGGCACCGAAAACAGAAUAGAGAAGCAAAACU